UUACGUUGUGAUAUUGUUAGAAAUUUAAAUAUUUUGUCUUAUUUUUAAAAUAAAGUAUUAAUGGAUGAAUUAAGAGGACCAACCAUUCAGAUAGUUCUUAAUGUUAAGGAAGGACUUGGUUUUGGUUUUCUAAAGAGCCCCUUUGUAGUAAGUGGCUCUUUAAACGGAUAUAUGUUAGAAACGGAUCCCGUAGUGCCAUCUCAUGCACCGGCAUUUGACGCUGAACUAGUUUGGGAGGCAGAUAAAAGGAGAUUUAGAAGCUUGCGGGUACAAAAUGUGCCGGUUAAAAUAGAGGUGUAUAUGACUGGUACUCAGGAGAGAAAGAUUAAAGUUGGCUACCUGCUUCUGAGUCUCCUCGGCGCACAGCCUUGCCCGUCCAAUAAGGUUGUUGAUAUAAAACAUACAUGGCACAAACUGCUCGGCGUAAAGUCAGAGGGGAAAUGUUGCCAUCCACAACUGCUGAUGAGUCUCUCCAUUGAAGAUAGAAUCAGCACACCUACACCGAGAAACGAGCUACGCAUUUUCCACAGCAAUGAGAUCGCAUACCCAUCUGCUCGUUCAACUAAGAGCGCAGCCAAUUCCGCGGCUCGGUCUAUGCUGCUAACAUUAGAUGAAUAUAUAACAGAGAGCAAAAAAACAGCUUCAUCAGUGGAUCUCCAGCCAAAGUUGAUCUGUGAUGAGGGUCUCAUACAGAUUGGCAGCGGGAACCAUUUGUUCGUGCUGGGCUUGAUGAUAGGCGCUGUGGAUAACCUAGAUUUACUGCUCCCAGCGGAGGCGAAAAAUAAGGAAAUAAAUAAUUGCUGUGUCACAUAUUCAGUGUUCACGCACAACAUCUAUACAGACAGAGUAAAUGCAACAUCUCUUCACAACAGUAGCAUUGCUCACUUCAACCAACGUACGUCUUUAAGACUGAGAACUUGCUUGGACAGUUUGAGCCGAUACUUCGCAGAAUGUCCACACCUAGUCACUAGAGUCUGCGUUGAAGACACAGAUGUGGGUAUAUGCAGCCUCGACCUCCGUAAACUAGUGCCAACGGAUGACAUCAAUCAGUUCGUCAACAGCUUCUGCAAUGAAGACAACGCACUUACGAUACAAGAGAGAUGUUUUGUGCUGCGCUGUGACGACAAGCUCGUGAGGGAAGCGGGCAGGAGACCUUUUAUGGACGUCGAGUUGACAUUGAAGUACGUCGGUGUGAGGAAGAAUGUUCCGAAGCCACCAACACUGCUAACAGCAAGAAGCGCAACUCAACUCGAGAGCGGGAGGGAAAAGGAAGAGAUUGAGAAAGAGGGUAUAUUGGACUUCCGAAGCGGAAGCUGUACCAACCUGGACCAAGAUGUUGGCGGUGUGGCAUAUACAAAUAUGGCGCCUGGCAACACUGGCAGAUAUAAAAACGCAUCGGGUGACGUAAUCCUCCAGACGAAUGAAAUAACGGAACUAAUAAAGAAAAUGUGCGAUUCUUUCGCACAGAGCCAGGAACGUUUAAUGGCGGCGCGACCAAAGGCGACGAGUGACCAACAAAUCCAGUGCGAGCCACUGCAAGAUAAAGAAGCCACAGUCGACAUUGAAAGUGAACCCAUCUAUCCGGCGACAAGCAAAAGUGAAACAUGCCUCAAAAGUGCAGAAAGAGCAGAUAACUCAAGACCGGCACUCAUAGUUGACCAAGAUUUGUUAUUGCAAAAGUAUGUUGACGAAUUGGAAGACUGGAAGGAAAGGCAACAAGAAUUAUUUAAAGUGCAAUUAAAACGCAAAGAAGAAUACCACCUGGAUCAGCUCGCUAAUGAAUGGGACAAACGUAGAACUGAGUUGGAGACCAGACUCAGCAAGGGCGUAGAGCAGUGUCGCAACCUGGCCGCUGACUUAAGCCGCGCGACCGAGGACUUCCGACUUAGGGGGUACAGGAACACAGAAAGGGAGAGAAAGCUUCUAGACGCAAAGAAGACAUUGGAGGCGCACUACACGGCCAAGUAUCAGGAGUUGCGGGAAGCUUCACAAAAAAUGGAGGACGAUAUGAAUCACCGCCUCAAGCUGAAAGACAUGGCUCGGGAUGAGAUGCAGCUGAAGAUUCAAUCGCUGGAAAAACAGAAUGCUGCCCUCAAGAAUGAUCUCAAGAACAUUGAAAAAGAUGCAGAAAGCAAAUAUUCAGGACUAACGAAGGAUCAAACAGCAAGUCUCAUACAGGAAUUGCGUUGUUUGGAAGAGAAGCUAGACAGUGCCGUACAGUCAAAGACUUUCUUCAAGGAGCAGUGGGGGCGAGCGGUACGCGAGUUGCACCUCACGAAGCUCGGCGCGCGGUCGCGCAUGCUCGCCGAGCUGCGCGCCCAACGUCGGCUCAUAGCGGAUAACAAUUUGGAUCCCAUCGAGGAUCUAGAAGUGAAUACAGAUCAUACGCAUAUGGACAUCAAGAAGUUAAAAGACGAUUUCUACGUCGACAUCAUUACGAAAACUCCUCUCGAGUCACAAUCUAUUAUAAGCAACGAUGCUCUGGACUUAUAUGAUGAGUUAAAGAUACCAAAGAAGCCAACGAGCGACAAACUGAGUGAGCUGAUCUCGCAGAGGGACCAGUUGAUACAGCAGGACGCUCCUGACGAAGACGAACUAAAACAUCUCAACCACGAGAUUAGGAACAUGCUCAUACACUGCGGGAAUUGAUUUAGAAAAACUUUGUUAUUUGAGUUCCUAAUACGCAAGACAGUGGCAUAUUAAUCUAGAACUCUGGGGCAAAAAUUAAAUAGUACAUGAAAAUAAUUGUUAGGUAUGGAGUUAGGAAAGUGAAUGUGAAUGUGUGCCUUGCAGAGCAAGUUAAGGUUUAUUCCGUAUGAUGAUGUUGAUGAAAUACUUCAACUGUGAAAAACUAUUUAAAAGUUGGUUCACUUCGGACCGUUUGAGUCCAAGAGAAAAAGUUUUUUUGUUGUACCUACACAACUACUAGAUACUAUAUAAGUAUCCUUGAAGAUACUGUCCUUUUUGUGUAACGAGGCUCUGGCUGUAUUAUUUAUGUUAAAAUAAGGUCAUAAUAUCUGAUAAUUAUUCUUGAACUCUAAAAAUAUUAAAAAAAACUCAUAAAUUCAA